GUUUCCGCCCCUUCCACCGAGUCCGUCUAAUCCGCGAUGCGGUGACCCAGUCAGCUCCUCCCACGGCGGCGGCUUUGGCUGAGCCCUGACAUGAGGCACAGAUCAGCCGGUAACAACCAUCCCUUGUGACCGGCUGGAGCGUCGCCGGGGGAUUGAAGCCCGUAAGUGAGCGAGUAACUCGGCGGGGAUCAGCACUCGUGUGCAGUGUAAUUUUUGGAAGGCGGAGUAAGGUCUAGUUGACGUGAAAUGGCUUCUCAUAGAGGCUCAAGAAACCUGAGGGACCCAAUGUUAGCCUGGACGUUUCUGCCUCUGCUUGUUGCCCUUAUUCUCCCUGAAACUUCUGACUGUGCAAAUCACCCAUGGCACAGCUUUGUUUUCUCCCAGCAGUGGCCUCAGACUGUGUGCUUGAUGGCAAGCGAAACCUGCAAAGUCCCUCUUACCGUUGACUACUGGACCAUUCAUGGACUCUGGCCCAAACGAAUCCAGAUGUGCAAUAAUUCCUGGCAUUUCGACAUCAAAAAUGUGCAGGACAUUUUAUCUGACUUGGAACACUGGUGGCCUGAUGUGAUCCAUCCUAAUAGUACUCAGCUCUGGAAACAUGAGUGGCAGAAACAUGGAACCUGUGCAGCAACGCUGGAGUCUUUGGACUCCCAGAAGAAGUACUUCAGUAAAGCGCUGGAACUGUUCAAACAGCUGGACCUGAACAGUGUACUUGAGAAGGCUAAUAUAUUGCCAUCAUCCAAGUAUUAUAUGGUAGAGAACAUAGAAGAUGCCCUUGUAUCAGUCUAUGGGGUAACACCGAAGAUUCAGUGUCUGUUUCCUACUCAGGGAGCGUCAGUACAAACACUGGGCCAGAUUGAAUUCUGUUUCACCAAACAAUUUCAGCUGUUUAAUUGCACAGAGACUGCACCCAACCUACUUGUCUCCGAGGAGGACAGACAGCAGAAUAUGUAUUUAAAGCUUGGUGUGUGUGACCGUAAUAUGCAAGUCAGUUAUCCUCCUAUAGAACACCUGUAUUGAGAGAGAGAGAGAGAGAGAGAGAGAUGCCAAUUUUAGUGCCAGUAAUGUGCUUCAGGCUACCUGAGGAAAUACUACGGUGUCUUUAACAUACUACAACACGUUAACAUUUGGCACAGCUGUCAGCUUGACUACACUAUCAAAUUUUAACACACACUAGUUGGUCAGUGUCUUCAAAAAAAAUCAAUGUUCCAACUUGAAUUUCUAGCAUUUAAUACAGCUUUUAUCUUCAACCAACAUUCAGGUAUUUGUUUUUAAAGAUUUUAAUAGAUUGUGGCUUAAAGCUUUAAUACUGCAUAUUUUUUCUCCUCCGCUCCUGUUUUAUUGUCUGGUCACAAUUUAACUGUGUAUUACAGAGGCUCCAGUUUAUUUUAUCACGUCAUUUGUUUUGGACAUGAUGUAUUUAAUCAUUUGGGUGCCACCAAGUGUUUGUGAAACAUUGGUAAGGCCACAACUGGGAGUAUUGUAUCUAAUUCUGCUCACCGUGUUUUAGGAAGGGAGUGAAGUUCCUGGAGAUAUUGUAGAAGGGAAUUACUAGAAUGGCUCCAGGGACGAGGGACAGUGGAGAAUUAAAGUUCUUGAAGAAAAGUAAAUUUAGAUAUUGAUAGAGGUAUACAGGGUAAAUGAAUAGUAGCUAUUUCUUAUUAGCUGAUACUUGCAGGGCCGGGGGUUACAAGUGAAGAGCAAAGGAUAGGAGGGAGAUGUGAGGAACAACUUAUAGGUACUGCAGGGAUAGCUCUAACGCACAAUUCUCUAAGUGAAAUUUCUUGGGUCUGAAACAUGGCUUUCUCACAAUUAGUGGGUAAAGGGUACAAACCCUUGACUUGGCUAGAUGGCAGAACUUCCAUUAUGAGAAGAGGUCUCCAACUGUUGGUCAAGUUUUUUUUUGUUUUGAAGAAAGGAAACAACACAUUAGAACACGGAGUGUUUCCUCCUAAUUGUUCAUGUACUUACCUCAGUCUCUCUGACUGCAAUGGUGUGGGGUUUUACUCUGAUAUUUGAACUCGAGGUUUCCCACCGUUUAAGGUUUUCUGCUGAAUGAUUAAAUCAAUCCCAAAGCCCAGAAGAGGUUGUGGGAACUAUUCUGUGUCAGCUAAUGUCACCAAUGCAGUUUCUGGCUUUCAAUAAUUCUGAUGCAUUUUUGUCUUCAAUAACAUUUCAUAAAAUGGUCAAUAAUAUAACCGAGUAAAUGAUUAAAGAGUUGCAAUCAAACUUUAAUUUUA